GACGUCACGAGCUAACAGGAAGCUGGAGGUCCGCGCGUGAACUGCAAUCCGAGCCCAAGCCCGCCUGAGCUGCUGUACCGCUCUUGUUUACAGAAGCCACCUGCCCACAACAACAACAAGCUGUUGCUUCCUCUGCAGAAUUGGUCUGAUGGAGCAAAGGCACUCGGCACAGCUCGGUGCAAAAAGGCAUCGAUGCGACCGGUGUGCAUACAGCACGGAUCAUACUGCAAACUUGACACGGCACCAGAGAACUCACACAGGAGAGAAACCCUUCAAGUGCAGCGUGUGUGGGAAGGCGUUUGCACAGUUAUCUACUCUUGUAACACACCAGAGAACACACACGGGAGAAAAACCCUUCAAGUGCGGUGUGUGUGGGAAGGCGUUUGCACAUUCAUCUGCUCUUGUAGAACACCAGAGAACACACACGGGAGAAAACCCCUUCAAGUGCGGUGUGUGUGGGAAGGCGUUUGCACAUUCAUCUGCUCUUGUAGAACACCAGAGAACACACACGGGAGAGAAACCCUUCAAGUGCAGUGUGUGUGGGAAGGCGUUUGCACAUUCAUCUGCUCUUGUAGAACACCAGAGAACACACACGGGAGAGAAACCCUUCAAGUGCAGUGUGUGUGGGAAGGCGUUUUCAAAGUCAUGUAAUCUUGUAACACACCAGAGAACACACACGGGAGAGAGACCCUUCAAGUGCAGUGUGUGUGGGAAGGCGUUUGCACAUUCAUCUGAUCUUGUAACACACCAGAGAACACACACGGGAGAGAAACCCUUCAAGUGCAGUGUGUGUGGGAAGGCGUUUGCACAUUCAUCUGAUCUUGUAACACACCAGAGAACACACACGGGAGAGAAACCCUUCAAGUGCACUCCGUGCGGGAAGGCGUUUGCACAGUCAGCACAUCUUCAUGUACACCAGAGAAGACACAAGCAUCAGAAGAUCCACAAGGAGUGGAGUCUGAAAUCAGCUUGUGAAAGUCAAAGUGCUGCAAUGAGCCCAUCCCUCAUCAAACAAGAACCAGAAGAAAAUUCCAGCUUGGACACUUUUAAAGGUAAUGAGGUGAAAUAUGAAGAGGUGAAAUAUGAAGAGGUGAAGUUGGAAUGUGAAGAGGUGAUGGUGAAAUGUGAAGAUGAAGAUUCAACUCCAAAAUGGGACCUUCACAUCGAUGGAGGCAACGUGAAGCAGGAGGAGAAUUCUGACUGUGAGGCAGAGCGAGGCAACUCCCAGCAGUUUGUGGAAGUGGAGGUGUGGGUGGACUUCCUCCGAGACAACACAAAGUCAAAUGGAGACCCGGUAGAUGUGUAAGCUUGAGACGAUGUCGCUCCAAUAGAUGCACCCUUGUCACAGGCCUUUAAUGACAAGAAUGUGAAGUUGAACACUCAGUUCCUGGGUUCAACCUGCAGAGUAAGAGUGAGCGGCCAGUCUUUGUGUUCCCUGUGGGUUGGGUAGAUCCCUGUGUUACGAUCUAAACUUCCUGAUCUAUUAUUUUUGCUACUGACAUGACUUUACUGAAAGAACCAAAGAGUGUGUGAACAAGAGCCUGUCAGUAGGGGGCGAUGAUGUUUCAUCUCAGUUGUGUAAUUUGUCGGUAAUGUUGAGAAUUUGCUACAUUUUGACUCGAGACGCAAGCAUGCAAUGGCCUACUCGUUUUGAAUGACACAAUAGUAUGUUUUACAUCCACUGUUAAGCAGACGGUGCAUAAUUAUUUGAAAUAGCUUAACCUGGUGCAGUAUAUUUCACUGCAGUAAUUACAUUUUGUUAAAAUGGAAAAUGUCUGUCAAUAAUUUAGAAUGAACACUGAUUUUGUGUACAUGCAACAUUUUAUUUGUAAGGGUCAAACAUUGAAUAAGUGAUGUUAGGACAAAGUUUGUGUUUUUGGAAGUAACCUGUACAGAUCACUCAGGUGAGACCCGUUGUUCUUGUGAUACAGGUCUAAGGGUAGUAUCCACACAUGCCCGUUUGC